AUGUCGCUCCUCCUUCCCGCCCUCGUGGCUACCCUGGCUAUGGCCUCUCCUCUCAACACCCAGAUGGUGACCAAGCAGUCUCUUGAGAACCUCCCCCUGGGAUGGGAGCUCAAGAGCGCCGCUCCUUCUGACAUGACCAUUGACAUGCACAUUGGUCUCAAGGAAGAGAACAUUGCCAAGCUCGAGCAGAUUGCUUACGCCGUUAGCAACCCCGACGACCCUAGCUACGGCAAGCAUCUCUCCAAGCAGGAGAUUGAUACCAUGACUGCCCCUACCAAGCAGACUGUCGAUGCCGUCACCAAGUGGCUCAACGCCCAUGGCGUUGAAGCCGGCGAGGUCGAGAGCGGUUUCCUCAAGGUCCGCGUUAGCGUUGAUACUGCCCAGAAGAUGCUCAACACCCAGUACAACGUCUACCACAACGCCGACCAGAACCGUCUCACCGUCCGUACCACCGAGUACAGUGUCCCUGCGUACGUACUCGGCUCAAUCUCCACGAUCCAGCCUACCACUCUCUUUACCGACUUUGGUAUGCACCAGGCUCGUACUGCAGAUGGCCUCGCCAAGCGUGAGACCAACGCCCACGUUCCCCACGACCUCAAGGUCGGCGGCGUGAAGGAAUGCGUCAACGGCACCACCCCCGCCUGCAUGCGCGCAAACUACGGUAUCACCGGCUACCAGCCUUCCGACAAGACCACCCUGGCCAUCACUGGCUUCCUUAACCAGGACCCCAGCACCGAUGAUCUGAGCCUCUACCUCAAGAACUUCACCAACCUGCCCACUGACCUCAAGUAUGCUGUUGAGAUUAUCAACAACGGUGUCAACAACAACAAGGGCACUGGCGAGGCCAACCUGGACACCCAGAUUAUGAUGGGCUUGACCUACCCCAUCCACAACCUGUACUACUCUACCGGCGGCUCGCCCCCCUUCAUUGACGAUGAGUCGCUCAAGGGUAACAACAGCAACGAGCCCUACCUCGACUGGGUCAACCACGUCCUGGCCCAGACGGACCUCCCCUUGACCAUCUCCAACUCCUACAGUGAUAACGAGCAGACGGUCCCCAGAGACUACGCCGACAAGGUCUGCUCCCAGUUCAUGAAGCUGGCUGCCCGCGGUGUCAGCUUGCUCAUCUCCAGCGGUGAUGACGGUGUUGCUGGCGGUAGCAGAAACUGCUACAAGAACGACGGCAAGCGCACUGAAGCUUUCAUCCCCGGCUUCCCUCCCUCGUGCCCCUGGGUUACUGCUGUCGGUGGUACCGUCAACUACGGUACUGAUGAGGCUGGUGAGCCUGAUGGCGGCGGUGGUUUCUCCAACUACUACGCUCGUCCUGAGUACCAGAAGGACCAGGUCAGCCGCUACGUUGGCAGCCUCCGUGACUCCUUCGCCGGCAUGUACAACAAGACUGGCCGUGCUUACCCCGAUAUCUCUGCCAACUACCGCGAGUUCCCCAUCUACUUGAACGGUCAGCUCCGCUACACCGGUGGCACUAGCGCUGCUGCUCCUCUCUCCGCAUCCAUCAUUGCCCUUCUUAACGACUACCGCGUCGCCAACGGCAAGGCUCCUCUCGGUUUCCUGAACCCCUUCCUCUACAAGAACAGCGUUCGUGGUAUCCGUGAUAUUCGCCAGGGUAACAACGUCGACUGCCAUGGCAAGCCCGCUUUCCCCGCCAAGUACGGCUGGGAUGCUUCCACUGGUCUGGGUGUUCCUGACUUUGCUAAGCUCAAGAAGCUCCUCUAA